AUGAAGGUUUAUCUCGCAUUAGUACUCAGUUUAGUGGUUUUCACAAUUGGAAGCAAGGGUGAAGUAGAAAUCAAAGAAGAAGAGGAUGUUUUAGUUCUAACAGAAGCCAAUUUUGAUCAUGUUUUAGAUUCCCAUGAGCAUAUUCUCAUCGAAUUUUGUAAGUACUACAUGUUGUACGUCUGUGAACUUUACAAAAAAUCAUUCACUGCGGCCUUCAUGAUUUUUGUUUCAUAUGGUUUAUUUCUCUCGUUUAGAUGCCCCUUGGUGUGGACACUGCAAAGCUCUGGCCCCAGAAUACGCCAAAGCCGCCGGACAGCUCAAGAAAGAAGGAUCUGCGAUAAAGCUUGCGAAAGUAGACGCAACAGUAGAAACAAAACUUGCUGAAAAGUACGAAGUUCACGGCUAUCCGACCAUCAAGUUCUUCAGAUCCAAAAAGUCGGUUGAGUAUGGAGGUAAGAAAAAUUACAGACGGUUCUUUACGAGGACAAAAAAUCGUGCAAUGGAUGAGUCAUCACACGUGCAACCAUGUGGAACGUUCCAUAUUUUUUUGGUUGUGAAUAUUAAAAUUUAUUAUUAAAUGUCGCUGUUUUCUUUUAACUAAUUAAGUUUGUUUGGGUUUCCCAAAUCGUCGAAAUACGUAGGAAUCGCCACUUGCGUUUCACUUUAUAUCAGUUUUGCACGGUUAUCUUUUAGUUGUUCUUUUGUUUUUCGUUCUCAAGAGUCGUGGCACUGAAAAAAAAGGCUCUUUUAUCAGCUGUCCAAAUAGGUGUUUGUUUCACAGUUAGUCUAAUCACCGAACAACUUGUUAAGAAUCUUUGUUCAAUUUUAUAAAGCCUUGUUAUACGCUAAAAGGUUUGAGCAAGAGAGCAAGCUAUAGAGUAAAAGGAAAAAUAGCCUUUCAACAACCGCUUUUUUUUGCCAGGUUCGACAUGGAGGCAAAAAAAUCUUAUUUUGACCUUCAUAAUGUAAACAGCUUUAAUUUGAUUUCUGGACUUUGGGUUGCUGAGGAACUACCUGUUUUAAACUUCUUACCUCGAUACUACAAAGAAGGCUUUUGUUUGAAAAUUUAGAUAACGCAUUUUAAACCUUUAAACGAAGAAGUUCACGUGAUUUUCGCUGCACUUGUUCUUUUUGUUUCUCUAAUAAAAUCUUGUAAGGAACAAAAGAGAGAUUUUUAGACAUAAACAUUUAUAAAUAUUGUUAUCUUUGUUACUCCCCAACGAUAUGUAAAUUUAUUUUGACCGCUGAGAGAUGAGUCAUCUUUAACAAACUUUAUCAUUUCAAUAAGUGAUUUUACCACAAUUAUCUUUUGUGGUAACUAUUCUUUUGUCCUUCUUAACAUGUUGUAAAUGCAAAUUAUAGUGGACAAGAUCCAAUCACAGUUACCCAACUCAGUAAUGUUAUAAAGAGUGUACACCUAUCAGUGUAAAUUCCGUAGGAAUUGAAGGGUACUGUGGAGAAAUGAAGAGGACAUUGUAAAUGCAAAUUAUAGUGGACAAGAUCCAAUCACAGUUAUCCAACUCAGUGAUGUUAUAAAGACUAUGCACCUAUUAGUGUAAAUUUCACGGAGGUUGAGGGUACUAGUGAGAAAUGGAGGAAAAAUUAUGAUCAGGGAAAAAACAGUAUGUUAUUUAGAGAAGCUUACACUAAUUAACAGUAUCAAGAACUGCCAUACCUUUUGUCCUCUUAGUUGUUCCCAGUUAUAUUAUUGGAGACACUUCUAGAUCAAACUGGAAUUUAGAAAUGUUAAAUUUUUAGAAGAGCAGAAAACCACAACUCUCGGAGAAUAACCUCUGAGCUAGAGCAGAGAAGAAAACUAGUGUCCCUGAGGGUAGAUAGUGCUGGAAAGACAGUGAACUCUAUCUGAAGUUCCCAUAAAUUCAGUUGUCAUACAUGUUUUCACAUGGUGUGUGCUCCUAUUAGGGCAUAAAUGGCCUCUAGGUAUCAUCAUAAACUGUAUGGGGAAUUUUCACAUGAAAUCACAGCAGCCAUAUUAUUUUGUGUUCCAAAACAGUGAAAAGGCGGCCAUGUUCCAAACCAAUUCUGUCGGAGGUGAACUCUUUUCUUGGGUAAACGCUUCUUUUGUACACUCAAUAACUUUUUAUAGAUGCUGGCCAUGUGAGUGAAAAUGCUCUUUAUCCAGUUAUGUCUGAACACACCUUGAUUACUUCAACUUUUAUGUAAACUCUGCAGGUGGCCGCACAUCUGAAGAAAUCAUUACAUGGUUGAGUAAGAAAACUGGCCCACCUGCCAAGGAACUCAAGACUGCUGAUGAAGUCAAAGAAUUCGUUGACAAGAAAAAUGUUGUUGUUGUUGGGUUUUACAAAGAUAAAGAAUCUGACGCUGCCAAAGCUUUCAUCGAGGCUGCUCAAGGCGUUGAUGAUUUGGAGUUUGGAAUCGUCCAUGAUGAGGCCGUUGCCAAGGAGAACAAAGUAGAAAGCGAUAAUGUUGUAGUCUUUAAAAAGGUAAAGAAACUUGUUCUUGUUUGUGAUCCACUAACAAUAAAGGUUGUUUGCCUUUACUUUGUUUUUCUCUAGACAUUUUUAAUAUUUAUGGGUGUUUAUCUACAUGACACGGAUUUUUUUUUGAAAAUGAACUUAGGAAAAUUAGCAGCCAUUUGAUUCAAAAAGGGUCAAAAGGUGGGUUUUGGGCCCGAUAAGCUCGAAAAUCAUGUUAAUAACGUGAAAGAAAAGGCAAAAUAGAAAGAGCAAGGAGGAAGAAAGGAGGAGAAGAGAAAAAAGCAAUGGUUGCUCUCUUAGUUUAUAUAUUGGCUAUUGCUUGAGAGAAGAGGCCUGCUAGGAAGUUACAUUUUCAAACCUCUGACUACAUAUACAUGUAUGCUUUUCAAGGGAACUUUAAAAAAAAACCUGUUAUAGCAGUGUUGUUUUGUGUGCUUAGUGCUUUCCGGUUCUCCUUUUGUUUUAUCAUUAGUACUAUUGUCAUUAUUAACAUUUUUGUUCUUUUAUGAACAGUACCUACAAAAUGACAAACUUGUUGAAAGAGUGACAGUAUCACUGCAUAAACAAACCAAUAUUAUUCCAAAUUUCAAAUGAGCGGCUAAAUUCCCAAGUUUUAUCGUGUGAAAUUCAUUUGUCUUUCUCAAUUUUUCUGGUGACAGUUUGAUGAAGGACGUGCUGACUAUGAUGGUGAAGCCAAGGCUGAUGACAUCAUCAAAUUUAUCAAGGCCAACCAACUUCCUCUUGUUACAGAAUUCAAUGAUGAGGUAAGAGUUACAAAAUCACAUGACUUUUUUCAUCACAUUGGGCUUCAAAGGAAAUGUUCUUAAUCCUGCCCAAACCCAAGGGUUUUCCAGAGAACUGCACUGGUGAUCAGACUUCACAUGGGAGAUUGCGGGUAGUUAGGUCAUUUACAGAGGUCUUUUAAUGGCAUACUGCAUGGAUAUGUAACAUCAAAAUUAUCAGUGUCAAAACUUUGUGUACUGUACAUCACUGAGUGAUGGUAACUGAAAGGUGCAAAAGUCAUUAAUCAAUAGGGUAAUCGUGAAGGACAGCUUCCCAAACUCCACCGACCACAUGGUAAACUGCUGCUUAUAAGCCCCCCCCCCUACUUGUUAGCUCCCCCAGAUAGAGGCCCACCUAGCUGUAAACAAAAAAAAAAUGAUGAUAAGCCCUCCCCCGCCAGAUAUAAGGCCCCUAGGGAUGUCAGAAAGUUUUGAAAUAAACAGCUGAGUUUUAAAAGUAGGCAGCCAGUCCAGGGAUAUUUUAUUUUAAAAACGCCAUCCAUAAAGAAAUGCCAAGCUGAGUAUCUGGCCGAUACUAACCUAGUAGGCAGUGAUUUUUGCUGGUAGCCGGCUACUUUUGACAACACUGGGCCCCCUCUAUUUUGUGUUGAAAUUAAUUUGAUUUGCAUUAUGAUGUUUUGAAGCUGUGUGUAUUAAAAGCCAGUAAAUGUAAUGUAGUUUAGUCAGCACUGCUAUAGCUUGUUUCAAAGCCCUUUUUCUGUUCCGGGUAUAUAAGCCCCCAUGGACAUAAGCCCCUCCAUCUAGAAGCCUUCCUAAAACCCCUUACAAUUUUUAUAAGCCCAGGGCUUACAAGCGGGAGUUAACAGUAUUUCUUGUAAUUGUCUCUUUCAGAAUGCACCUAAAAUUUUUGGUGGAGAUGUAAAGAAGCACGUUCUUCUCUUUGUGGGCAAAAAAGCUGAUAAUUUCCAAAGUAUUUAUGACAGCUUUUCAGCUGCUGCUAAGGAUUUUAAAGGAAAGGUUCUCUUUGUCUUUGUUGACAAUGAUGUGGAGGACAACGCUCGUAUCUCUGAAUUCUUUGGAAUUGAUGCUAAAGAGAUCCCUACUGUUCGACUGAUCGACUUGGCAAAUGAUGAGAUGACGAAAUUUAAACCAGAAACCACAGAGCUUACAACUGAUAAUGUCAAGGCCUUUGUUCAAGAUGUCUUGGAUGGAAAAAUGAAGGUAAUUUUGACAUAAAUUUAAGUUUCAAGGUUUUUAUUGUUUAUGUCUGGGUUGACUCCAGGUACCGACCAGAUCAAUUUUUUUUUUGUCAGCAAAUACAAGCAGACUAUGCAGCGACUUUUUAAUAACUGCAUUUUUGAUGUUGGCGAGAAGACAGAGAUGGUCAUUUGUUCAUGUUGUCAGUGGUUUUUUCUGUAGUUUACACAUACAAAGGCAAACCAAGUUGGUUGAGAUGAGUUGGGGAAUUGUCUUCAUCUUUUCAUCCUGUAAAACUUCUUUCUUUGGUCUUGUUGGCUUCCAAUAUGGUAUUAGCAGGAUAUAAGCCCCCACAUACUAGUAUAUUUCACAACUGAAAAACUAUGUAGCAUUUUGUACAGUGUACAAUAUAUUUUUAUCUCCUGCUUCAAUAGCAUACACCUCUGUCAGGUUGUUGUUUAGGCAUCAGAGAUGUAGAAUUCUCCAGCUUACCUGCGAUAGCCUAUGACUAUUUUUUAUUCAUACAUAGAGCCUCUUUCACGAUAUUCUCCUGUAACAUUACACCUUUCUCCUGCUACUAUAAUUCUUAACGAAAACCCUAAGUAUGAAAUGGAAUCGCUUGUUGCCACAAAAAAGGUGACAUUAAAAAUCUCACAGAUCACUGAGUUUGGUAAAACUCAUUCUGGUUAUGAACCAAUCAGGGGCGGAUCUAGGUGAAAGGUGCAAGGGGUUUGCACCCCCCCCCCCCCCCCGUCAGAUGACCUGCGGUUUUCUAAUACAACUGGUAUUCUGCCAAAAAAAACUAUGUGGUUUAUUAGUGUUGAAGUAGAGCAAGAGACGAGUGCAUCCCAUCCUAAAAAAAAUCCUGGAUCCGCCCCUGCCAAUGUACCUGUAUUUCAAAUGUUCACAGAGUUAGUGGAGUAUUGUGUAUUAUUCUUCUUUCCAAAACCUGAUUGCUUAGGUUAAAAGUUUGUUACUAAAUGAGAUUUGAUUGUGUUCUGCUUGUACACAUUCUAAUUAACCAUUUAAGUCCCAUGAGUGACCAAUAUCAAUUUUCUCCCGACAUUACCGAUACAUCAUCAAGAGAAAAAGUUAUGAGAAUUAGUAAAAUGAUCAUCAUGGGGAGAGUACUUUGAUCUUUGAUCAAUUUCUCUUCAUUAAUUCAUGAAGAAAAUGUAUGGACAUAAGUCUGGAGAAUUUGUAUGUGGAUAUUGGAGCUUAAAUGGUGAAAUCCUUUUAUUUCCUUCUUAUUUUUCAGGCUCAUCUCUUAAGCCAGGAUGUUCCUGAAGACUGGGAUGCUAAACCUGUGAAGGUCCUUGUAGGAAAGAACUUUGAUGAAGUAGUUAAAGACAAAACUAAGGGUGUUUUUGUUGAAUUCUGUAAGUUCAUAAUACUAUUGUUCUAUUUUGUAAUGAUUUAGUAUCCUUGAGCAGGCAUGGCUGUCAUUUAAAAGCUAACUGGUUGCCUCCUGCCGGUUACAUUUUAUGUAAGCAUUUUAAUCCUGUCAUGUUUAAUGUGAAUUUUGUUCACAAUAUUUACUACUUUGUAGAUUAGCUAAGUGCUCUUCCGCUUUAACCUUUUAAGUCCCAAGAGUGACUGACCAACAUCAAUUUUCUCCUAACAAAAUCAAUACUCAAAUUAUCAAUAGAAGAGGUUUUGAGAAUUAAUAAAAUGAUCACCCAAGGGAAAAUACCAAUUUUCUCAACUUUUUCUUUUUGGAAAUGUAUAGAGACCAGUUUGGAGAAAUUAUAUCAAAACAAAAGUACCGGCCAAUUUUUACUAUAUUUUCUUUCUUUCUCUGCAGAUGCCCCGUGGUGUGGUCAUUGUAAAAAGCUGGCUCCAAUCUGGGAUGAACUUGGAGAGAAAUUCAAGGAUCGUGAAGAUGUUGUUAUUGCUAAGAUGGACUCUACUGCUAAUGAAGUAGAAACUGUGAAGAUCCAGAGUUUCCCAACUUUAAAAUAUUUCCCUAAAGAUAGUGAGGAGGUAGGUAUCAACUUGAAAACCUUGAAUAUAUGUCAGAAACUCACUAGAGGACAUGUGUCACUUUCAGUGAAGUACAUGUAAUAGUUUCGUAAAGCAUCAGGCAGCCAGAUUCUUCCUUGGCGACCAGUGUAAGAUGAGAGGGAUGCAGAGUUUUGAUCAUAGGUUUGCAAUAGAGUAGAAUCCCAUCUAGUGAAGAAGGAAACAUAUGUCUGAUUGUCCCAUUUUGCACAUUGAAGCAAAGUAAAAGAUUAACCAGGCCCAAAGAAAUUACAGGUCUAGUCAAAUCGUAAAAGUUGAGAAUGACUGGUUAUCAAAUAGUUGAUGAAGGAAAAAUAGCAAAGCCAUUCGCUGUACGUUUUCCUGCGUAAAAAUUUAUACAAAUCUUUUUUGUUGUUGUAUUGCAGAUUGUUGAUUAUAAAGGUGGAAGAACGUUGGAAGAUUUAGUUAAGUUUGUUGAAUCUGAAGGCAAAGAAGGCAAUACAGAGCCAACCGAGGGAGAAGAGCCACCUCCAGAUGUUGAUGCAGAGGAGGAGGGUGCCGAGCCCGCCGAGGGAGCUGAGGGUGAAGACGAGGCUACAGAAGAGGGUGAAGCUGAGACCACUAGGGAUGAGCUGUAGAAUGGAAGAUGUCUCACAUGGGAAGAAUUUAUUAUGACACUCUUGUGAUUGCACGAGUGUGGCAGAUUGUCCCUCAAUAUGAGGACAUUCUCUUCAGCCUUGUUUUACUAUCAAUGCAAGCAUGAGCUCUAUACUCAAGUUCAAGUUCAUAAUUUUUGUAGUCAAAUAGACCUUUUUCAUAAAUUGCCAGCUAAUUA